AUGCACAGCACGCUGCUCCGGUCCUCCGAGCACUAUGGUCCGCUCCAGCCCCGCUCACUAGGGAGCAUGGAAGCCAAGCAACACCCGAUAAAGAGCCUUAAAAGCUAUCCGGAGACCGGUGGCAGGAGUCUGGCAGCGGCCGCCGGUGGAGGAGCAGGAGGAGGCGGCGGCGGCGGCGGAGGAGGAGACGGAGGGGGCGGCGGGUGUCGAAUCGGUGCCUCCGCGGAAAUGGAGAUGGAGACGAAGAUCCAGAAAGCCGUCGACUUCAAGGCGGAGGGCCACCGCUGCUACAAGGAGAAGAAAUUCCGCGAAGCGAUCGGUAAAUAUCACCGGGCGCUGCUGCAGCUCAAAGGGGCGCACGUCGCCGACGGGACGACCGGCGGCUCCGAGGUCAACCUGCUGAGCCAACAAUCCGCCGCCAAGCUCACCGAGGAGCAGCGGAGAGCCGUGGAGAGCACCGAGAUCGAGUGCUACGACAGUCUCACAGCUUGCUUGUUGCAGUCCGAGCUGGUCAACUAUGAGCGAGUGAAGGAGUAUUGCUUGAAGGUACUGAGUCACCAGAGGGACCACUUCAAGGCUAUGUACCGGGCCGGCAUUGCCUUCUACCACCUGGGUGAUUACGAAUGUGCCCUACGCUACCUGCGGGACGCUAAGAACCGCGAACCCACAGACACCAACGUGCUGCGGUACAUCCAGCUGACGGAGAUGAAGAUGAGCAAGAGCGGCCAGCGGGAACGAGAUCUCGGCAAAGAGACCCACGGUUGA